CAGCGUAUUGCGAACGAUACCUUCCUUCCGUUACCCAAGGAUGACCACGGCGCCGCUCACUGCAGCUCAAUCUUCUCCCUUGACUAUAGCCAAUACGACGACAACGACAAUCAAUAGCAAGCCUCUCGUGGAUUCUCUUACCAAUACUGUUCCAGAGACAGUCCAAUCCUCUGGACGAGACGGUAAUUCCUCAAACAGUGAGACCAACAAAAGCAACAGCAACAGGACUCCCACUAAAUUUGCUGCGUUGUCCGAAGUGCCGCAUCGACGCUCGGCAUUGGUGUCUACGGCUCACUCCGUCACGUCGAAAUCCAAACAGAAUUCUACUCCACCGGUAGACAUGGCAACGGCGUCCGGAUCAGCCAGUCAAGGCUCGCACGGCGAAAACACGGGACGCUGGACCGCGGAAGAACACCGCUUGUUCUUACAGGGGUUGGAACAGCAUGGCAAGGGAUGGAAGAAAAUCGCGUCGCUCAUCAAGUCGCGAACCGUCGUACAGAUUCGGACGCACGCCCAGAAGUACUUUCAGAAAUUGGCCAAGGCUCGCCAAAAUGGGGAAGAAGGCGAUGUCGCCAUGGAAGGUCGCGGUGGCGUGGCUUCCAUUACCUCCGUCUCGACAACUGCUGUUUUACCCAAGCGACGUCGCCAGACAACCGGAACAAAACGCAAGGCCAUUCAAUCCGUCGUGGCUUCCGCCCAGCGGCAAGGCAAGAAACUUGCCGCCGCAAAGACGAAUCCUACUCGACACCAUCCCUUGCCGCCGCCCCUACCAACGGUCGCCCCCGCACUCGCGCAUUACACUCUCCCCAGUACUGCGAUGAUGGCCAAAAACGGCACCGCAGUGAAGGAAGAAUUCGUCUCGCCCACCAAUCUUUCAGGACCGGCCCUAGAAGAUUCAUUAUUCCGCUUCUUAACCCCGGUUCCGGUAUCGGAACCACCGCUCAACGAAGUAGCUCGUCAAGCCGGUGCCAACCCGAUUUCUCUCCCCACCGACAACCCAAGCUCUAUUCCAACGGUGGGUGCAGGAGAAAUCUCGCCCACGGGAGUUUCAGAUUUGAUGCUUUACCCCUCGUGGACAGACUCAAAAGAGCCACCUUCUUGGUACAGCAAGGGCGCCGACAUUGACGCAUUGCUCGAUAUGGGGGAUUCGUUGGACUGGUUGGACGACACGGGGGAUUUGAACGAGUCAUAUGUACCACCCGUCGUGGACACAGCAAUGGCCGCUCCAGAACCGCACACGACCUUUCACAGGUACUCCGAUCUGGGACAUUCAAAGGGACUUCACAGUACCAGUGUGACGUCUCUGCCACAUGUCGAUUCCAACGCAAAUGUGGAAUCCGUUGUGCCGCCACUUCCCUCCAUAUUCGAUGGAGCCCCCGACUCGGGAGAGCAUCUUGAGACCACGGAAGGGAUGAAAGCCCAAGCAUCGGAUCUCUCGCACAAACACACGCACUCGUUUACGGCCUGUCCGCUUCGACUCACCAUGGGCACGAUAGUAUCUACAGUGGGUCGGAGCGCAGAGACAGAUUUUUUCGUCACCGAGUCUCUACAGUUCCUACUGUCUUGGAACGAGGGACCAAGACGGCAAACGCGGCGGAUCCAUGAUCCAACACUCCUUGACGGAAUUGACAGUAACGAGAAUAUUCUCGACACGACAGUCGCCCCCAUCACAAUGCCAACGACCAAUUCGCCAGUCGAAAGCCGAACGUUGUCGUGGACGGAUCUCGGGUUGGACACGGACGAAGAUCACCCGCGUCGUUUGUUGCGUGUGCGGGACGACGUGAUUGCCUACGGCGGCGACGAAGGCACACUGGUACGCUUACCUUUCGUCACAACGAGCAACGCCCAAAAUGCCGACACGGGGUCCACGCGACCCUUGGCCGUGCGUCGCUUUGAUGAAGACGCCAUACGUGCCGUCGCAGUCUCGGACGACGGAACCCGCGUUGCCGUCGGAACGGAUAGCGGUGCCACUCUUUUCUACCGUUACGAGUUGGAUGGACACGUAGUAGACGCACCUGGAAAGGGGCUCGUCUCCCGACACGGAUUUGUCACGCACGACAGUGACGACAACAACAACAACAACAACAACUCCCACCAGAAACCCUCGGCAGACUUGUUUGGAUCGCAGCCCGACGCCCUCGCCUUUGUCCCACAGCAACGUCCCGGGGAAGUCGUCCGUCACGGACCCGUCUUUGACGCUCCUGUACGGCAACUCCUCUUUCUCCCCGACUCGCAUUUCCUCGCCAUUGCCACGGAAGCCGGAUUGGCCGUUGUUUCCACCGAUACCGACAGCGGCAUUGGUGGUGGCAGUCUGGACACUAACCACAACGAGAACGUCAACCACCACAACGUCAAAUACCUCCACCGGGAAGCCCAAACGGCACACGACGAAUCCGGCAUACGCGGACUCGCCCUCUGGCAAGCAAAGGACUGUCGUAUACUCUCCUCACUCGCCAUGGACGGGCGUCUCUGUCACUGGGAUGUCUCUGCUCCCACUCCCACACUCUGGAAACUACUGCACCGCGAGACAGUACCGACCGUUACCAAGCCCGACCUGGGCGAAAUGCUCGGUGCCGAUGCCUGGGAUCGAUCCACCAUCCCCGUCGCCCAUUCCCACGAAAGCAUACUCUUUUUGCCCGGAGAAACCUACGUACAGGCGCGUCGCUACCGCAACCACACCUGGGAACUCCUACAGUCCCCUACCGGGGCCACCAAUACUACCGACAAAGUACAGGGACACAUUGAAGCCAUUGUCGCCAUGGCCCCGGCACCCAACCCUCGAGAUCCGUACCUCGUCACCAGUGGACGCGACGGACGAGUCGUCCUCUGGAAACUACAGUACUCUCAUCACGACAACAACAACAACGACAACAAUCCAAACGACAAUGGUGACGGGCACAUUGUCUUUCAAAAACAAAUCCUCCAGACGGAUUCCGCCCCAACUCAUUUGUUGUGGACACUGGACCAACCGACGCAAACGGAACGUCUCGACAUGGUGACCGCCGACGGACACUGGACUACUCUGGUAGGACGCGACCAGAUUGCUCCGGCCUGUCCAACCACUGCAGUGACCCAAGAGAUCUCCCUCCCACACCGCCAAUCAGCCGAUUCCGUGCGGGAAAAAGAGAAGGAACAUGACGCAGACUCGGACGACAGCGUUGAUGACUUUUCUUCGAACAAACCUUCCACACACCAAAAGAAUCCGUUUGUGGACGACGAGGCGGAGGACGACAACGAUGACGAUACGCUCGAUACGGCCUCGCGUGGAAAACUGGAGACGACCUCACCAACGGACAAGCGCGCCUCCAAUCUUAACAGCAGCGCUCUCGAAGAACACCACAAUGAUCUAGACGACGACUCCAUCGGUGACGAUGACGACUCCUUCCACAACAUUCCGACUCUCACCACGCGACAUUCCGAUUCGAUCCAGUGGCCUGAACCACAACCCGCCUUUGGUCCUUCUUCCACAUCGCUUGAAUUGACUCGCCGCUUUUUGUGCUGGAAUCACAUUGGGUCCGUUACGUUUCUUCGAGGACAGGCCGGCAUCAACCGCAGCACGAUCGACAUUCACUUUACGGACUCGGCAUUUCGUCGGCCCGUUUCCUUCACCGAUAAUAUGGGCUUCAUUCUGGGGUCCCUGGGGGAAGACGGCGGAAUAUUCGCCACCGACUUGGCGGAAGACGAGGAUAUUGAUGAGGAGGACGACGAUAUGGACGGCUUGAACGUGUCGGCUGCUACCAAGGCCGCCGUCAAACGUUCGCGCAAGGGUCCUUCGAACAAACCGACCGGGUCGAGCAUUUACUUUCAUCGCUUCGAAACGUUCGGAUCCUUACGCGACAAGGAUUGGUACUUGACGCUCCCAGAUGGGGAGCGGGCUUUGGGGUGUGCGUCCGGUGAAGGAUGGGCCGCCGUCGUAACGAGUCGCCGUUUCUUGCGGCUCUUUUCUUCGGGCGGCAAUCAAGGAGAGGUGCUUUGGCUGAACGGCCACCCCGUCACCAUGGCUGGACGGGGACGGUUCGUCGCGGUGGUAUAUCACGAAAGUACACCGUUACCAGAUGGAACACAAAAACUCGGAUACUUGGUGUUGGAUGCGAUGGCGAAUCGCGUAGUUGCCAAGGGGCCAGUGUCAUGUAUUAGCGGUGCAUCGACUCUUUCAUGGUUGGGGUUCAGCAAUGAUGGAUCUCUGCUGGCCAUGGAUUCGGAUGGUAUGCUGUCAAUGUUGGUUUGCGCAUCAUCCUUGGAUGCGGAGGGACCGACGGAAAAACACUGGGAAUGGAUGCCAAUGCUGGACACGGUGGGGUUACGUAAAUCCCGGGACGAUUCCUUCUGGCCGGUCACAGUUUAUGACGGAAAGUUGGUGUGCGUCCCGCUCAAGGGUGGGAUGAAGCAUCCUGAUGCGGUGCGCCGUCCCGUCACGGCCGCUCUCGGCUUUCGUCUUCCCCUGGCCCGGGGUCCUUUGACCAAGACGCACACGUUGGAAGAGCUUGCGGUGCGCGCCGCGAUUGCGCUAGGGCAGAAAAAGGCAAUUCACGAGAUUAGCCGGGAAGGCGACGAGGACGACGAGGACUUUGAAAAAGAAUACCGUUCCCUUUCGGCCCAAGUGGACAAGGUCACGCUAAAAAUGUUUGCAGCAAUCGCGGAAGCCGGUAAAUUGGAGCGCGCUUUGGAUUUGGUGGAGCGUUUGCAUUUGGAAAAGAGCUACGACUUGGCCAUGACGAUUGGCGACCGGCACCGCAAACUUGUCGAUUUGAUCGAAGAGGCCAAGGAUCGCAAGUUUGGAGAUCCGGGAUCGCACCAAGCCGAGUUUACGACCAAAGCGGAAUCCCCGAACUAUCAACGCCCCCGCAUCUCUCCAGAUUCGGCUGGGGCAAAACGCAGUCUUGACGAUGAGGACGAGGACGUCCGAAGCCGUCUCGUGCGUCGCAAACCAACGUUUGCCUAA